UAUUUACCACCAUUCAUCCACUUAACCAAAACACAGUAUUAGAGAGCAAGCAAUUCGUGAGCUUCUAUGUUCAAUCUCCUGUAAUGUUAUUUCCUUCCGAUUAAUUUUGAUCGAGUAUCUUCAGUCGAUGCUUGAAUAAAAUAUUUCUUGGACUUGAUUUAGCUUUCUACAUCAGUGAUGUUCUGACUGCUUAUUUCUUUUUGGCACCCUCCUACUCACACCCACCUCUCUAAGGGGGAAAAGGGGGCGUGAAUAAUCCUCCAUGGCCUCUUAUUAUUAUUUCUAUAAUGUCAAUGAUAGGGAUUGAACAUACAAUUUUAUUUUUGAAUUGGGUCCUACUCCUAGGUGGAUGGACAGUCCAACUGAAAGUGGAGGCUUAGCUUUUUGGUGAUGAGGGACGGGCUUUAUAAAUGAGAUCUAAUUUAGAAUUUUCUUUCUUUUAUUUGGAUAACAUAUACUCUCAGACUUUCUCAGUGCUUUUAUAAGGAGAAAAUCCCUCUUCUUCGUGGGGCCAUGCUGUGCGUUUCGUGCAAGAGGGUGAAGAGAAAGGAAGAAGAAUAAUGGAAGUUGUUGAUCAUCAAGAAAAUUCAGAUAUGGGGUCUAAAGAACAACAAGCUGCUUUGAUAGCUAAAGGAAAGAGAACUAAGCGCCAAAGGCUUCAUUCUCCUAUCCCUUUUGCUGUUCCAACCAAUUCUUCAAGUGGGGAAUUAGGAGGAUUUGUUGCUGAUCAUGAUGAUCAUCAUUCUGAUUUUGUACCACAAAACAAUACCAAUUUUUCCCCUUCUUCAUCCUCUGCUCAUGAUGAAUUAUUGCAGCAAUUCAACAACAAUACCUCCACUACUACUGAAGAAGAAGAAGACAUGGCUAACUGUCUUAUUCUCCUUGCUCAAGGCCGACCUCCCUGUUCUCCACUGACAAAACAACUUGAUACCCGACCAUUUCCUCAUGUUACCAAUAAUGUUCGGAGAUUCUCGGCGGAGAAUGUUGAAAAGGGUGGGGGGGUUGGAUGUUAUGCUUACGAGUGCAAGACAUGUUAUAGGACAUUCCCAUCAUUUCAAGCUUUGGGAGGACACAGGGCUAGUCAUAAGAAGCCUAAGGCUAUGGAAGCUGAAAAGAAGCAUAUUUUGUCUUCAGAUGAUGAGGAGAUACAAUUCAAGAACAAUAAUAUCACUACUACAAACUCACUUUCUUUGCAAUUGAAUCAGAGGGGAAGUUUGAAUAAUAGCAGUGGUAAGGCUAAGGUUCAUGAGUGUGCUAUUUGUGGAGCUGAAUUUACAUCUGGGCAGGCCUUGGGAGGUCAUAUGAGACGCCACCGUGCCAUGCCGGUUGGGACAAACACAGCGUUGUCUCUGACUCCGAUGAACAUGGAAACUGAGGAUCAAAGACAACCAAAGAGACAAAGAAGUGUUCUUUCUUUGGAUUUGGAUCUUAAUCUUCCUGCUCCUCAAGAACAUGAUCAAAGAUCAGAAUCAAAGUUCUUGAUAAAGUCAAACCAACAACAGCAACAACAGCAGCCACAACAACAACAACAACAACAACAACAUAAUAAUAAACAACAGCAGCAGCAACCACUUGUUUUUCCAGCCAGGACUUUGGUUGACUGUCAUUACUAAGGAUGGAUAAGAAUUCUAAUUUUUUUUGUCCCCCUCAAAGACUUGAUGUGAUUAUGUGAAUUCAUCUUCUUCAUUUUUUAUUUUUUAUUUUUUCGUUUGGAAAAUUUACCUUUCAAUGUCAUCAUAUUCUUUUAAUUUUUA